AUGUCGUCCUGCCCGAUCGAAGAACCUACGAGAGCUCCGAAGGAAAAGACGAAAGACAAGCAGUCUGCGAUAUACCGUCUCACUAUGCCGCAUGUUAUUACACAGUUCAAACCGGGUCAAUUCUCACGAGACGGACCCAGCAUCAAGGAAAGAAUCAGAGCAGAGAAGAGAGAUGCCUCAAAAUCAAGUAAAUCGCCGUUGAAGAAACAGAGUAAUGGAAUAUUAUCAGGAGGGCCUGGCAUGCCGGUGACGCCCAAAAGCAAGAGAUGGGACUUUGGAACAAUCCGACACAAAAAACAAACUUCAUCAGAGGGUACAAUGCCUUCCCCUCGCUCUGCUGUCUCCCCUGUCUUCGAAAUGGAGCAUAUCGACUCAGCUAUAUCUCCCAACUCAUCGGUCGACUCGUCACCCUGGGUUUUCGAACUGGAAGACACCUCACAGAUCGCCGUUCAUUCGAAGAGGUCAAUUUACCCUGGUCCCCAACUGGAGUUCCAAAGCUCUGCCAUCACAUCACGUUCGGUAAUAAAAGUGAUUGAUCAGACCAUUGCUGCUAUUGAAGCAGAUAACAGGAAACUUCUCACACGCGCUAUUACUGCCGAAGCUACUGUUAAAGCAUUGAGAGAGCGUAAUUUCAGCCUCCAACUUCAGGUUGAUCACUGCGAGAGGAGUCAUCGGAGGCAACCUCGUUCGGUAGCUUCACAACCAACAUUGAGGCAAACACGUCAGAAACCAACAGCCCCAACUCCGGCACCAGCACAAACUGCUCAGUCCCUUGCUUUUGAUAAGCUCGUGACACAAUUUCCAAAACCAAAAUCAGAAUCAAAGAAAGCGGCGUCUACGAAGUCCGCCCCAGUGCACUCGAGUUCACCAGCUUCGUCUUACACAUCGUUCUCGCCAGCAACACACAUUCCGAAUAAGCCAUUACCGUCUACACCAACUCGACCCCGUGAACUAACAGCACCUCCUGCUGGUCUCUCACAGUCUCCCUCUCAAAUUACCCCAGUCAAGCCGUUGUUUGCACCUCGAACACCUCCCGAAAUCUCACCUACCAUUAAAUCCACUCCAACACGUCGAGGGUCUCGAAGGAUGUCCAAGCAUCCGAAGCUUUCCAGCUCUUCUCUAAGCGAGGCAAGGAUGCGCAGCAAACCAUUACCACCAUUAGGCCCUCAAAGCCCAAGUAUCGUUCUAGGCAGAGUUGAGGUCGGCUUAGGAAUUGAUUCAAAGCAAUAUCAAGAACUGGACGGUGAUUUGGCAAAUAAUGAGAGGACGUUCAUUACAGGCGGCCUUCGAGGCGCGCCAACUAAAAUGGAGAUGGACGAAAAAAAGUGGAUAUGA